CACUAGGUCUUACCUUUGGCAUUCCUAUCAGAGCCUGAACCACAGACAGUACCUUAGACUCUAAGCUCGGGCACCUUGUGCCUUGUUUUUGUGGCUGAGGAUUCUUAGAGUUGUGGGAUGCUGAUAAAGUUUAUCCCAAAAGCUCCGAUUCCACUUCCUCCACAAGCUUCAGCAUGGCCGUAUCUCCCACCACUUGUUCUGGUCCAAGGGCAGAAACGAGCAUCCUAGAAACCAAUCAGUACUUGCGCUCUGAACUGGAAAAAUGCAAACAGAACUUCCGAGACCUCACAGAGAAAUUCCUGACAUCCAAAGCUACUGCCUACUCCCUGGCCAAUCACCUGCAGAAAUACAACUGUGAAGAAUGCAAAGACCUUAUAAAAUCUGUGCUGGAGGAGGAGCUGCAGUUUCAGGAGAGGGAGCUGGCCGAAUUGCCGAGGCCAGCUGCAAGGCUCCGGAUACAUGAUCCCUUAAUUCAGGCUCAGGCUAAAGAACUGACCCACUUACGACAGAAGAUACAGGAAGGGAGAGGUGUCUGCUACCUUUUCACCCAGCAUGUGAAGAACACAGUCAAGUCUUUUGGGGGCCUUCUUAGGAACACCGGCAUUGCCUACUACCAGAGACAGAGAUUCUGUGAGCAAAUGGUACAAGGAAGUCAGCUGACAGAGAUCCUUGUCAGAAAACUGGCCACAGAAAAUCACAAUGGUAAGAAAAAUGAAGACAGGCAAAAGCUACUGGCUCCCAGGCUCAGGAGGGAGGCCCAGGAGGAAGAAAUGGAUGAAGUCCUGGAGGACUCACUAGAUGAACAGUAUUUGACUCAUUCCAGCCGCCAUGACUCCCACCAGCUUCCCAGCAGCAAUGCCUUCCUCUCUGAAGCACAGGAAAACCCCUCUUCUCUGGAUUUAGCCAAAGAUGAGAUCCAGAGCCAGCGGCAGCACCUGAAGGAAACCCUUUUCAUCAACAACUGCCUGCGAGAAAAGCUGGAACGUUAUCUCAGCAGCUUUGAUGAAGAAAAUGGAUGCAACUCUAACCUCUACAGGCAGAUCAUAGAUUCCGUUGUCCAGCUGUAUAAUGAAAAUAGAGUUCUCAGAGAAGAAUACCGGAGACUCCCCCGGCUUGCCUGAAUCAAAUUUCCAGAGGUAACAACUAAUGUUGGAACUAUGAAAAGCUCUUCUCUACUUUUAACAAAGCUUAGUCAAAAACAGUUCCCUAGAUGAUGAGAAAAACUGAAAGAACAGAACAAUUGAAAGUCCAAAUCUGAAAGCUCCAUCUCUGAGAACCAAAUUUUACAGCCACUCCAGAUUUGUACUCCAAAUGGAUAGUUUGAUUGUAGAAAUCACAUCCCUUCAGCCUGCAAAUGUGAUAACUGCCCAGGAGACAGUGAUACCUAGAUUCAUAGAUAAUCCCCUUUCCCCCAACCUAUAUGUAACUGGAGUCAACAGCAGCUGGAGGAAAAUGGCAAGGACUUGGAAUCAGAUUUAGAAUAACACUGCUGUAGACUGUUUAUCAACUCUUCAGCGUAUGUCCGUUUUCCUUGAAGGAUGAGCGUUUAGAAACCUCUGACAGUAAAGUUUAUUUUACACACA